AUGACUAACGCCGGCGCGAUGACGAUUUCGCGUGCUUCUCUCGCCGCCGCUCUCCUGGCGUGCUUCGCCGUGCUUCUCGCCCCUCCCGGGGCGCUCGUUUCCGCGCAAAACGCUUUCCUCGUAGCGAAGGCCAAGACGCUUCGCGCCGCUGCAAAUCAGACUGCGGCGGACCUUAUUGCGGCCCAAGCGAACGCCGCCAAACAGGCGGCUGAAGUCGCCGCCGCCAACCGAACUCUGUCCGAUCUGCAGGGCCCAGACCCCGCUCUCAACGACCGCAUUGCAAUGAUCGCCGAAAUGAAUAACAGCGUCGCCGAUGCGCAGUACGACCUUGAAAUUGCAAACAAGAUUCUCGUUCUCCGGAUCGCGGAUCUCGCGGCGUUUCAGGCCGAUCCGUCGACGCACCCGCAAAUCCCGGCGGCGCAGAAGGCGGUCAACGACGCGACGCGGCGCGCGCGCAUGACGUCAAUGCUGCUAGAGGAAUGGCGGCUCGUCGUGCAAGAGGCUGCGGACGCGGAAAAAGACGCGGAGAGGGCGGUAAACAAAAAUCCGACUUCGUUGGUGGCGCAGGCUACGCUCGUGGAAGCGCAAUUUUACCGCCAAUCUGUGGAGGAUGUGCUCCCGGAUAUCGUGGCGCAAGACGCGCGCGCGCAGGCACGGCUGGAUCGCGUUCAGAAGGAAUUGCUGACUCUGCUUUCGCAGGGUCCGCAGGAAGUGAGCAUUUUCCAAAUGGCAGUGGACGAUGCGAGAGGCGCGGUCAGCGCCACGCGCUUGGUGUACGAUAGCGCGGUUGCGGCAGUCGCUGACGCGCAGUUGGCGCUCACCGACUAUCUCGCGGGCAAGGAAAAGGCGAUUACUGACACGAAGGCGCGUUUGGCGAAGGCGAAGCAGAACCAGACUGUCGCUGACAAGAAGGUGCUUCAGCUCACGGAUAAGCUCAAGGCUGCGCUGGUCUACGUCAGAUCGCGGAUGACAGGUGGACGCUCGGUGGUAAUGACCGCCACGGAUUCGAGCCACGUGGCGCGCGGAGAGCGCACCACCAAGGACAAUCCAGAUCAGCCGUUCGCAGAGAAGGAGGGUUUGAUUGAAGGGAAGGCCGUUUUAGCGAAGCCAUCCCAGCUGCCACCAGAGCCUCCUAACAAGCUUACAGAGCUCUUUGAUAAGGAGGGGCAAUCCCCGUGGAUUGACAACCUGACGCGUGAUUGGGUGGCAUCGGGUCAUCUCAAAGAGCUCGUCCGACGUGGCAUCAGAGGCAUCACCAGCAACCCUACUAUUUUUGAGAAGGCAAUCAGUGGGACAGACGUGUAUGACCAGCAGCUCCGGAACAUUUUGUUCCGCGAGGGGGUGCUGCUGGGGGGAGGGAUGUUGGAGAGCCAUGGGGAGGUGGAGAGGGGGGUGGUGGAGGGCGCAUAUUGGGAGAUGGUGAAGCAAGAUAUCGGUACUGCUGCUGCUUCGUUAGAAGAGCUGUUCCGUGAAUCUAAUGGUGAGUUUGAGAGUGCUUAUAGCCAGUAUAGUAAGGUGAAAAGCCAUGGGGAGGUGGAGAGGGGGAUGGUGGAGGCCGCGUAUUGGGAGAUGGUGAAACAAGAUAUCGGCACAGCUGCUGCUUCGUUAGAAGAGCUGUUUCGUCAAUCUAAUGGUGGCGAUGGGUUCGUCUCCCUUGAAGUCUCGCCGAAGCUAGCCUAUGAUAUGGCAGGUUCGGUGUCGCUGGCUCAGGAUCUCCACGCCGACCUGGCUCGGCCGAACCUGAUGGUCAAGAUCCCUGCCACCGAGCCUGGCGUGGCUGCGAUUCGAGAGAUGAUUUCUCGCAUGAAGAAUAUCAAUGCCACUCUCAUCUUCUCCCUGACGCGCUACAGUGAGGUCAUGGAGGCUUACGUGGCAGGCCUGGAGGACGCCGUGGCAGCUGCCAACGCGGCAUCUGAGCUGUCAGCAGCCGCGUCUGACUCAGCAGCAGGUGCCCUGCCACGUGUCAACCUCUCCUCAGUCUCCUCCGUGGCUUCGUUCUUCGUGUCUCGGGUGGACAGCGCUGUUGACAAGCGUCUCAAGGCAAUCGGGACGGAGGAGGCUCGCGCUCUUCUGGGCAAGGCAGCAGUUGCACAAGCCGUGGUGGCAUAUGACAUGUUCAAGACCAAGUUCAGCAGUCCCAGGUGGAAGGCUUUAGAGCAGCUGGGAGCGCGGGUGCAGCGACCAUUGUGGGCGUCAACAGGAGUGAAAGAUCCGUCGUAUCCGGACACGAAGUACAUCGACGCUCUGAUUGGUCCACACUCGGUCAACACCAUGCCUGACGCCACCCUGCUCGCCUUUGCGGACCAUGGGGAGGUGAAGCGCACUGUAGAUGCUGACGUGGAUGCUGCCUAUGGUGUGCUGGAUCGUCUCAAGGCUGUUGGAGUGGACAUGGAGGAAGUUGCCAAGGAGCUGGAGGCUGAUGGCGUUGACAAGUUUGCAAAAUCGUUUGAUGACCUGCUUGCUGCGCUUCAGCGCAAGGCCACCAUGAUACGUGGUGCAAGUAUCAACUAG